UGCUUCUGACGGGACAGUGGACGUGGCCGUUUAUUUUUGGCCUAAUAAUAACGUUGAUCUUUGAUCAUAGCCAGAGCAGUUUAAACGCAUUACGUGUGAAAAAUACAAUCCCAUUCAUUCGGUUGUUUAUUUCCAAAGAGGUUCUUGUUGGGUUUCUUUGAGGAGAUGACUACAACAAUACCCCCUCCUUGGAUCGGAACCAGCAGCUGGUACCAUGUCGCCCUGUUACUAACCAUUAGUCUACAGUUUCUUAUGAAGAGCAUGCUACGGUUCCGUGCAACGACUUAACUGCUUUUAUAUGUCCGUGGGCUAUUGUGGGGGGUUUCUAGCAAUGGUCAUCCCCGGCACCCUUUGAUUCAGGGGUACAGUAAGACACGGGAGUGAGUAGGUGAUUCCAUACAUUUUUAUAUAGUACAGAUAGUAAAACCUUAAAACGCUGCUGGCUCUGGUAAUGAUUCAUCUGCCUGUAGGAUACUCGGAGUUUAUUCGUGAGCUUUUUCUUUCUAUUUGGCUUUUCCAGAUUUUGAUUGGACUUAAUCGACCAGAUCCCGUUUACAGGAAAGUGAAACUGCACUCUAGCCCUGAAAUUUAAAUGUAGGCUAGUUCGAAAGGAUGUGGGACCGCUGGGUUUACAACAGAGGUAGAAAUCUGCAGCAGAUUCAAACUUAAUGGAGAAAUCGUAGGUUGAAUUUGUUUACCUGGGAUUCUAGUCACUGAGGGUAUAAAGACUGCAGAAUACCCUUUACUAAAGAUUUAUUCAGCGUACGUUUAACAGCAAGUGUAGGCUACGGGUUAUCUGUAGGUGGCGGGAUUCCAGAAUUUUUCGGUUUGCCUCUAACAUUUAGCGCAUUUCUCUGGAUGUAAAAUGAACACAAUUUGUGAAAUUUCACCAGUCAAAUACUCCAGGGUCGAAUCCAGGCGUAGCCUACAUUUUGCAUAUUGUAAAAGACGAACCAUUUUAUACAACCGGGUAUUUUUUUUUUUUGGGACAAUCCAGGCGAAUUUUCCUGGCUGAGCAGGCCACGCCUAUCUACCAUCGCUCACAAGCUACUUUUACUUUCUAUUGGUUCAAUCUGCGUGUUGUCUCUUACGUCCCUCUUCUGAUGUACGAUUGAUGACGUACCCCCUACUCCCGGGUACUAACGUCGAAACAUCACUAGCAAAUUCUCCCUAUCGAUGAAGUACAGCAUACACAUUUUUUUCUGACUGCUGAAAUAAAUUCACCAGCUAAAACCCACUAGGCUACACGUUUAACAGUUGUUCUGUUGCUUUCCCUCUAAAUAUAAAUUAUAAACCGUUAACUGUAUAAGUACGUUUCCAAGAACAUUUCGACAUUCAUAAUUUUUUCUUAUGUGUAUUUGUCAUGGCUGUUUCCUUAUGCUAAUCACAUGAACGGGAUUGCGCGUAAAAUUUACAAUUAGUAUUCAUCAUCUCAUACACCCGGAAUGCACACAAAAACAAAGGUCUGCACGUGUCAUGAGUCCCAUAUUGUUUUUCGUAGGAACUUUUAAAGAAUAAAACUAAGAAUAAUUAAGGAGAAGUUUUGUGAAAAAGGCCCAUUUGAGAGGCUAUCGAAUUCCCGGCAAAUGUUUUGACUUUGUUAAGGGUGUAUUGCGCCCUCUGCGGUCCCAUCCUGUUUUGUUUCAGUAGGGUGACGCAACCGAACGAAAUACAGACUGGGAAAACAAUCGACUUGCUCCUGUCUGACUGCAGACAAUUGCACAUUGACGGACGUUUGUAACCUGUUAUAGCCUACGUUUUCAAAAUUUUUAAAGUAGGCCCUAUCAGUAAAAUUAUUGCUUACGAGUCCAGCACUACGCGGAACAGUUAAUGAAGACAAGUUGCACGUAUGGAAACUGGAUAGGCGAAGAUGACCGUCGUCUCGCGUCCAAUUGACGAGAACUUGCUUGUCGUUGGAUCCUGAUUAUGCUGCAGGUUCAGUGCUCUGGUAAAACUGCGACUCGUACAAUGUCAAACUGAGUGAGCAUGCCUAAUGGUGGAAUAUCAUCUCACCCGCAGAGGCACAAGAACAGGGAAGGCGUGACUCUGGAAGGAUAUCGAUUUGACUUCCGCGUAAUAAAGAGAGUCUGGAUAAAUGUUGUUUAAUCGAGAUUGUACUAUGCGUUGUAUGUAGGCUAUCCACUGUUUGCCUCGUUGUAAGUAGCUAUAGCAACAAUACAUCAUUUGGAAUAAUUAUCUGAAGUUCGUUUGCGUCGACAUGGUAACGCGCUUUGGGGGUUUCCCAAGCUGACGUAAGGGGAUUUCCACUAUUGCAGACCAACUCGUCUAAAACCAAACACGAACGAAUCUAGAAUGAAAAAGAAGGAAUGGCCAGAUAAAAAAUAAGCAAGCGUACAGAGCAGACCUUCGAUUAUAGUCGCAGUCUGUGGGUAGUUAUCUGCCAACGCUAGCGUCUAAAAGAAAUAGCAUAAUCCUCCAAGUCCAUGUUUAUAUUCUAAACUAGAUCGGUUCUUAAGAGCAAAGAAGAGAACUAGGCCUACCUCGGAACAAUUUACCAUUUUAGAAGACAAUGACAGCGAUAGUUUUUAUAUCCAUCGACGAGGAGUCAGAUUGAUUUUUCUCCGUCGGCAACACAGUGGCGCUUGGUAUCAACUGAUCGCCUAGAAGGACUACACGAAGUGAAGUAACAUUAGGUCUUGAAGAGCUGCAAAGUUACAAUGCUAAAAAUGGGCACCAGGGAUGUCACACAGGGCGCUGCAGAUAUACUAGAAUUAGAUUUGAUUGAUGAGUAUGUGAAGGAGAAUACGGCGAAAGAGCAGGAAAGCCAGCCCCGAAAGUUACCGGGCCCACCCCCUCCCCCACAAGAGCUGGAGGACCUGAACCCUGUUGCCAGACGCCAUCACAUCCCCCCCCUGUUAGUGGCUCGAGGCACGGCACCCCAAGUGCCUUCGACCCUGCCGCAGCUCACUGUCGCCACCAGCGGCAUGGCCUCGCCUCAUUCUAACAUGGCAGGCCACCAGAGGCCUAGCCUGCGUGCCCGUGGGGGCCAGGGGGCAGUGUCUGGCAUGGUGGGCCGAGUAGCCCAGCAGGAGCAGUCGGGUACGGAUUUGCUGGAGCAGUUCCUGGAGAAGCCGGUGCUGGAGAUUGUGGAGCAGCCCAAGGAGAGGGGCAUGAGGUUUCGGUACGAGUGCGAGGGCCGCUCCGCUGGAAGCAUCCUGGGUGCCUCAAGCACUGACUCCAACAAGACCCUCCCCACCAUCGAGAUUAAAGGGUGUAAACCAAAAAUGAAGAAAAUAAAGGUCACUGUAUCCUUGGUUACCAAAGACAUCCCACAUCGCCCUCACCCCCACAGCCUUGUGGGCAAGGACUGUGCUGAUGGAAUCUGUGUUAUCCGCCUGAACUCCUGCAGGUCCUGUCGGCACAGCUUCUCUAACCUCGGAAUCCAAUGUGUGAGACGCAAGGAGCUGGAGACGGCUCUGGAAAAGAGAAGGAGCCAGAAGAUUGAUCCGUUUAACACCGGUCAAUCAAAGAGCAUUGAGGACAUCGACAUGAAUGUGGUGCGGCUCUGCUUCCAGUGUGAGGUGGAGACGGAGAACGAGGAGAGGAUCCUGCUGAGUCCUGUGGUGUCCAAUGCCAUCUAUGACAAGAAAGCCACCACCACAUCAGAGCUAAAGAUCAACCGGCUAAAUGUGGUCAGAGGUCCCUGUACUGGCAAGACAGAGAUAUACCUACUUUGUGACAAGGUGCAGAAAGAUGACAUUGAUAUCAUCUUUAGCGUGGGGAAGUGGGAGGCCAAGGCUGAGUUUGCCCAGACGGACGUCCACCGGCAGAUUGCCAUCGUUUUCAAGUCGCCCCCGUACUGGGAGCAGGACAUCAGGGAGGAAGUGGAUGUCAACGUCUUCCUGCGCCGUCAGUCCGACCACAUGGACAGCGAGCCCGUCAAAUUCACCUACGAGCCCCAAAACCAAGAUCCAUAUGAGGUAAAUCGGAAGAGAAAACGCAGAUCUGAUAUGAAGUUUGGUGAGAGGUGCAGUGUACCAGCACAAAGCGUGACUCUACCAGAGUCGCUGUCUCCGCUGCCGUUCGCCCCGCCCUCGUUCGUCCACCCUGAUGACCCCCAGCCGGAACUGGUAACCCCGCACCUGCCACAGGUGAUGGAGGAGAUACAUCACCCCUUCACCUCUCAGGACGUCAAACAGGAGGACAACUUUUGCCACAGCCUGGCAAUGAUGGACUCGGCAGAUUUCCAGGCCAUCAUGUCGGGGAUCUCUCAGGUCCUGGGAGAUCAGGUCGCCACCGGCCUCCCCCCUCUGCUGGACGCUGGGUUCCACGAACAGGUGCCUUCGCAGGGCUACGGGCACCCCAACGUCAGCCUCCCCGCCACCUUCAACCAGGACCCCAACUCCAACUACGCCCUGCCGGGCAUGGACUUCAACUGCAACAUGCCGGAGGAAAGCAGGAUGCAGCCGGACAUGAACUUCUACAACGACGUGCACUUCAACCACUACCCCAGCCAGAUGGUCAAUGGCACGCAGCCCCACCUCCAGGCCCUGUCCUUCGACCCGCUGCUGGAGGACCCUGACGGCCCCACUCCCCAGCCCCUACGCCCGUGCGAAACCGAGGACCCCGCCCUGGGCCCCCCCGUGAAGACGGAGAGCCACAUAGAUCUCUGAGGCCCCGGAGGGAGGCUGGCAGGCGAGCGCCGAAAAGGGAACGGGUCUGAAUCUUCACUGUUAUCAUUCCAAUUAGACGCGUGUCCCGUGUGGGCUGAGGAGGGACAGGCAGACAUUUCCGUCGACUUCGUGAAGGUAGCUAAUAAGAGGACACGGCUGUCGGCAUCCUGUCUGUAUUAGGACCAGACCGAGACUGACAGACUAACUGGUCAGUGCAUUGCCUAAGCAGUUUAGCUGCUGCGGACGUUUGUUCGAUUGUGCUUAAACACCCUGGCUGGAACCAGAGAAGAUGUGAACAACGGCGUUCUGUCUCUGAUCUUGAGUGACAGUUCUCCUUUAUUGUGAAUGGCAGGCUUGUUCACGCAGGGACAGUGUCGAAGCAAAGAGUGGAACAUUCCAGAUAAAAGUCCAUCCAGACUCUUGGCCCCUGUUGGGACUCAGACUGCUGCUAAACCGGCAAACUGCUAGCGAUGGACAGAGGUUACAGAUGCAAAAUGGCCUCCACUUUGUCCGAGUGAAAUACCCAGUGUAGCCAAACUGUUAAGCAUCAGCCUCACCCUGUAGCUCUUAAAAGGGAAUCCUGUUGCCGAGCAACCAAGACACACCCACUACACAACACCCAUUGGUCAUGUCUCAGGGUCACAUGGUUAAGGGCUUCCCAGAUAGGACUUUAUACUUUUGAAGUGAACUGAAACGGGGGGGAAACCAGCUGCCCUUCACCUAAAACCUCUCUGUGGCAAAAACCAGUCCUUUCAGAGUAGCUCACCAUUGUGGGAGGAAUCCAAUAUCUUAUACUGCUGUGAAGGAUCACACCCACCAGAGAGAAAAAUGUGAAGGAAAUUACCCUUAAAUGCAUUGUGAAAUAGAUCACACUUCUCUCUCAUUUGUAUGUACAUUCCAAUAAUUCCAAUAGUUGACAGUAGAUAAGAGCAAGAACUCCUGCUAAUAGUAAAUAAGGACAAAUAUAUGUUUGCUAAUUGUAGAUUGUAGGGAAAAAGCACCUUUCCUAAUACAAUAUGAUAGUAUUCAUCAAACAUGUAGGUACAGUAGCAUUCAUUCUGAUAAUAUGAUGAUCACAGCCAUAUUAAUGCCACAAUGUAAAUGACUUUGACGUUUUGAUACAGCACUGACAACAUUUUGCAUGCUUGUGAAAGCAUGUUGAGCUCAAAAUCUUUCCUUGUUCAUUUCCUGUUGUCUGUGAAACUUCUCCCACUAUUGACCAUUUCUUGUCCAGUCGUGUGCCUGAAGUAGUUGGUUUUAAAUAAAACAAAUGCAAAACUCA